AUGAAGUUCUCACCGGCACUGAGAUGGGCAUUGGCCGCGGCCAUUUCUACCCAGAGCGCCACGGCGUUUGAGUACCCGGACUGCACCGAGGGACCUCUGGCGAACAAUACGGUGUGCGAUGUGACCGCUUCACCAGCCGACCGGGCUGCUGCCCUGGUCAAGGCGUUGAAGAUCGAGGAGAAGCUCCAAAACCUCGUCGACAUGAGCAAGGGCGCUGAGAGGCUUGGCCUCCCGGCAUACGCCUGGUGGAGUGAAGCGCUUCAUGGUAUCGCGUGGUCCCCUGGAGUAUCCUUCAGCUUCGGAGGGGGGGAUUACUCCUCGGCGACCUCUUUUGCCAACAUCAUCACCCUCUCAGCGGCAUUUGACGACGAUCUAGUACACCAGGUUGCGACGGUGAUCAGCACAGAGGGCCGGGCUUUCGCCAAUGCCGGACACGCUGGUCUGGACUUUUGGACGCCCAACAUCAACCCGUUCAAGGACCCUAGAUGGGGUCGCGGCCAUGAGACGCCUGGUGAGGACCCUGUCCGCAUCAAAGGAUACGUCAAGGCGUUGCUGUCUGGCCUAGAGGGCGACGACAAGUCGGUACGGAGGGUGGUUGCAACGUGCAAGCACUUCGCGGCGUACGACUUGGAGGGCUGGGGCAGCGUCACGCGCCACGACUUCGACGCCUUGGUCUCGACGCAAGACCUGGCGGAGUACUACCUCCCGCCCUUCCAGCAGUGCGCCCGUGACUCGAACGUCGGCUCGAUCAUGUGUGCGUAUAACAGGAUCAACGGCGUCCCCGCGUGCGCCAACACGUACCUGAUGGACGACAUUCUCCGUAAGCACUGGAACUGGACUGAGCACAACAACUACAUCACGAGCGACUGCCAAGCGAUCCGGGACUUCCUGCCCGGUUACCACAACACCACGCAGACCGACGCCGAGGCGGCCGCGUUGGCUUACAACUCGGGCACCGACACGGUCUGUGAGGUCCAGGGGUACCCCCCUUACACGGACGUGGUGGGGGCGUACAACGAGACGCUGUUGUCAGAGGAUACCAUCGACACGGCUCUGAAGCGCCUGUACGAAGGUCUCGUCCGUGUUGGAUACUUUGACCCAGAGGAUGGCAGCCCAUACCGGUCGCUCGGGUGGGCCGAUGUCAACACCCCGGAGUCGCAGGCUCUGGCGCUGCAGUCGGCCGCGGACGGCCUGGUGCUGCUCAAGAACGACGGAACUCUCCCGCUCCUGGAUCUGGAGGGCAAGACAGUAGCUAUCAUCGGCAACUGGGCCAACUCCACGAACAGCAUUCUUGGCGGCUACAGCGGCACUCCGCCGUACAUCCACAACCCCAUCUAUGCGGCCAAGCAGCUGAACCUGACCUACAAAUACGCCGAUGGCCCGUUGGCGGAAACUGCCGAUGAUGAAGACACUUGGACGGAAGACGCGCUCGCAGCGGCUGACGAGGCCGACGUGAUCCUGUACUUUGGCGGCACCGACACGAGCAUUGCGGCUGAAAGCCUCGACCGUGAGUCCAUCGCGUGGCCGGCUGCGCAGCUCACCCUUCUCGAAACCUUGGCUGGCCUUGGUAAGCCCCUCGUGGUGACCCAGCUCGGCGACCAGGUUGACGACACGCCGCUGCUUUCCAACGCCAAUGUCUCUGCGAUCCUCUUUGCCGGCUACCCGGGCCAGUCUGGUGGUACAGCUGUGCUUGACGCUAUCACCGGUCGCGCCGCGCCUGCUGGCCGUUUGCCUGUCACGCAGUACGUGGCCGCAUACGUCGAGCAAGUUCCCAUGACCGACAUGACGCUCCGACCUGCCAACCCUCUGCCUGAGGGCGACAACAACAACAACCAAGCCCGUAGCGCCUCCAACCCGGGCCGCACCUACCGCUGGCUGCCCAAGGAUCACGCCGCGCUUCCGUUCGGCCACGGCCUGCACUACACCACCUUCAACCCGGUCUUUGGCGAUAUUGACCCAGCUAGCUUCACCACCGCCGACCUCGCGGCCGGCUGUGACGCGGCACACACGGACCUCUGCCCCUUCCCCGUGCAGUUCCCCAUCUCGGUCGAGAACACCGGGGACAGCGUCACAUCCGACUACGUGGCUCUCGUCUUCGCCCGCGGCUCGUACGGCCCAGAGCCGUACCCGCGCAAGACUCUGGUCGGAUACACCCGUAUCCGGGGCAUCAAGGCUGGGGAGACUGGCGUCGGGACUGUGGAGGUGCAGAUUGGUGAUAUUGCCAGGGUGGAUGAGAAAGGCAACCGGGUGUUGUAUCCUGGCUCGUACGAGUUUGUGCUGGAUGUGCUGAACGAGACUAACGAUGACGGCGAAGUUGGUGAGGGGAGGUCGGUCACGUUUGAGGUGACUGGGGAUGAGGUUGUGUUGGACGAGUUCCCGCAGCCGCCGGAAAAGAAGUAG